AUGCAAGAUUGUGCUGCGUCAUUUUUAACAGAGGAGAGUUCCUACUUUGUAUUUAUCGUGAUUUUAUUACGUAUACUUUCAUCUUUCUUCGUUUUUUUUUUCAGAUUUGUCAACUUUCUUUCAAGUUGUUUCUUAACUUCAUCUGCUUUCCCAAUCUUUCUCACAUUCUUUUACAUUUCUCACACUCUCUUCAACAUUUCUCACACUCUCUCACAUCUCUCACACUCUCUUCAACAUUUCUCACACUCUCUUCUAUAUUUCUCACUGUCCUCAACAUUUCUCACACUCUCUCACAUUUCUCACACUCUCUUCAGGAUUCCUCACACUCUCUUCAAUAUUUCUCACACUCUCUCUCAUUCCUCGUACUCUCUUCAACAUUUCUCACACUCUCUCACAUUCCUCACACUCUCUUCAACAUUUCUCACACUCUCUCACAUUCCUCACACUGUCUUCAACAUUUCUCACACUCUCUUCAACAUUUCUCACACACCCUUCAACAUUUCUCACACUCUCUUCAACAUUUCUCACACUCUCUCACAUUCCUCACACCGUCUUCCACAUUUCUCACACUCUCUUCAACAUUCCACAUAUUUUUCUUUCUUUCCUUUUCGUUUGUUUUUGAGUUUUGUUUUCAUUUCUUUAAUAUAUUCAUUUUUUAAAGGAUUUUUCUUUUUUCUUUUGCAGGUUUUUCUUUCUUUUUCUAACUUGUCUUCUUUUUAA